AUGUCAGGGAAUACAAAAAACUAUGAUUCUAUCAUGAAGAUCCUACUAAUUGGGGAUUCAGGUGUCGGGAAGUCCUGUCUUUUAGUCCGUUUUGUCGAGGAUAAGUUCAGCCCUUCAUUUAUUACUACUAUUGGUAUUGAUUUUAAGAUAAAAACUGUUGAUAUUAAUGGUAAGAAAGUUAAAUUACAACUAUGGGAUACUGCUGGCCAAGAAAGAUUCCGUACUAUUACUACAGCCUAUUACCGUGGUGCUAUGGGUAUUAUUCUUGUAUAUGAUGUUACAGAUGAACGUACUUUUAAGAAUAUUAAGACGUGGUUUAAUACUGUUAGUGAGCAUGCUAAUGAUGAUGCACAAUUGUUAUUAGUUGGUAAUAAGAGUGAUAUGGACACACGUGUAGUAACGACAGAACAAGGUGAAGAUCUUGCCAAGGAACUCGGAAUACCCUUUGUGGAGUCAAGUGCUAAAGAUGAUAGUAAUGUUGAUGAUAUUUUUUUCACAUUAGCUAAAUUAAUCCAAGAGAAAGUGGAUAGUAACCAAGUAAGUGGUGGAGAGACAGGUAGGGAUGGUAUUAAUAUCAACACAAGUAAUAAUAGUUCAAAGUCAGGUUGUUGUUAG